GGCGGCCCCUCCACGCCGCCUGAGGCCCGCGCUGCCUGGGCCGACGCCCUGAUGGUUGAGGCGACCGCGCUCACGGGCGCCUUCCGCGCGGGCCAGGCCAAGGGCUUCUCGGAAUGGAUCCCGCGGCCCAUGAAGGCUGGAGGUGGAGCUGCCCAUGCAUGCAGGAGGGGGCCCCAAGGCUGGCUGCCCGACGAGAUCGCGGACGGCGCCCCCGCGGGCGGACAGGACAGAGCCGACGCGGUGGCAAAGUUUUGGCCCCAAGAGGUCUGGGCUCUGAAAGACCCAGCGGGGCCGUCGGAAACCGCGCUCGGGCCUCUGACGGGGCCGCCACUGGGGAGGCCCUCGCUGAAGCGAGCUCGCAGGGCGGCCAAUCAGCUCGCCAGGCGCACGGGGGCGGGGGCCGACCACCUCAACCCGAAGCUCGUCGCGGGCCUCAGCGACCUGUGUGUCGAGAGCCUCGUCGACCUCGAGCGUCUCGGGGGUUCCCCCUCGGCCGCGAGAACAGUGCACCUAGUCAUGCUCAUCCAGCCCAAUGGCGGGUUCCGCCCUAUAGGGCCCCUCACCUGGCUGCCGAAAUGGCGGGCGCGCAUCCACCAGAGGGGCAGCCGCUCGUGGGCAGCCAACCUGCCGCCAAGGAGAAAGGGCAACUUCUGGGGCGGCCAAGGGAAGGCCGCGGAGGAGGCUGUCUGGCGGCAGGCCCCGCGCAACGAGUCAGCUGACGGCAGGGGCGAGCGCGCCGGCGGCGUGCUCCUUGACAUCUGGAAAGCCUGCGAGGCGGUCUCGCCGGCGGUCGCUCAGAGGCGCGCGGGUGCAGAGGGGCACCCCCUAGCCCUCGCGGUUUCGGCGCUCAGCAUCUACGGGGGCCCGAGGAGGAUCGUCCACCACGGCGUCGUCUCGGAGGCCCUCUACCUGGCGACGGGCCUGGAGGCUAGUCGCGGGCGCGCCGGAAGCUUGCCCCGAUGCUGCAUGGCCGCCGUCGACGCGGAGCACCGCAAGAUGUACGAGAAAGUGCCCCUGGCCAUCACGUUCGACGACUGCUCCCUGCGCAUGGCGGGCCCCGAGGCCGAGGUCGGCACCCUGCCGGGCCAGGCGGCGGGGGCAGCUGCCGGGGGCCUCGAGCGGGGCCCGGGCGCAGCGGCCUCGAGGGGCAAGAGCGAAAUCCUCGGCAGCUCCGACAGGCUCCGCCGCAUCAUCGAGUUCUUCGCGCACGCUGAGGAUGCCAGGAACCUGAGGGUGGACUGCGCCAUGGGCGGGAAGGCCGCCACCGUGGCCUGCUUGAGAGCGCUCGCGGGCAGCGCCCAGGCGGCCAUCGGCUCCGCCUUCGCGGCGGCCCGAAGCCGCCUGGUCUCAGCAGGGGCCGAGGGCCCGGCGGCGAGGGGCCCCGCAACGGCCACGGUCCUCGCCGCCCUACGGCUGGGCUGGAGGGCCGACCACAUCAUGCGCUGGACCGAAGACCUGCAGCGCCCCAUCGACCUGGGUGCCAUCGACAAGCACGCCCUCGGCCGCGAGGCCCAGGCCGCCUUCGCCAGGAAGCUCUGGCGGGACACCGCCGUGGGGGGCCUGCGCCGCCGUCUCUGCAGGGCGCAGGGCAGCCCAGCCUGGGCGGCGCGAUGGUCCACGGCCAGGAACCCCGUCGUCGGCCGCAUCUGGCCUGCGCAGCGGCGUACCGAAGCCUCCCCGCCGCUGGCGAGCUCAGGGCGUUGCCCUGCGGGCUGCGAGGCGAAGGGGGCCCUCAGGCACCUGGCCUGGGCCUGCCCCGCGCUGGAAGGUCUACGCGGGCAGUGGAAGGUCGACGACCCGGAUCUCGACCUCUCCCUGAGCUCUGGAGGCCCUCACGACGCCGACGACGAGCACGCCCUGUGGUCGAGACGUGCCUGGUCAAGGAUCCGAGGAGUCAGCACAGAUUCGCUAUAA